AUGACGACGAAUACCGGUACGGGUACGAUGCGGAUGGUGAACCCUCUCGUGUCGCAGCUGGUGGACUUCGCGCACGCUCGAUCCGCGAACGCGCGCGCGACGGUCCAACCGUCGAUCCUCGGUGCGACGCAUAGUCACAUGCAUCCGGACACCGCGUCAUCCGACCUGUACGAGCGCUUCGAGGCGAUGUGCGCGGAGGUUGAGCGGGACGGCUUCGUCGAUCGGGACUUUCGGCCGUACGUUCCUCCGCGGGGACCGGGCACCGCGCCGCCGAGGCCGCCGACGAAGUCCAUCGAGGUCGCCGCGCUUUUCGACGCCAGAGUUCAGGUGGGCGAUCAACGGGGCAGGCGGGGCAAGGCGGUCUGGAGCGACAAGAGCGCGCCGCCGAAGAAAGGACCCCUCCGGUGCCUCUUCGACGACUACGCCGCCAGGGACGACGUCUACGACCUGGACGAUACGAACGAUAAACCGUCGCUCAUGUCCCGCGCCGAGGCGUUCCAGCUGGCGCACGACUUUGACAUCGUCCCGGGGUUGCUCAGACGGAGGGACGUGGCGAUGGCGUUCGCCAACGCGGACAGACCCGCGUACGGCGACGACGCCGCCGAUAACCGCGAAAAUCAGCUGGACUUUGACGAGUUCGUGUCGUUCGUGUGCCAGAUGGCGACGCUGGCGUGGCACCGACCGGCGGGGGCGCACGAGAGAAAGACGGAUAGGAAAGACGGGUCGUCGCUAAGUACGGGGAGAGGAAGGGGCGAGGAGGGCGGUCGAGGGGCGAGUCUGGACGACGCCAGGGCGGUUGACGCGAUGCUGAAAAAGUUGGAGUGCGACUCGAGCGACGUCGCCGAGCUCAAGCGUCGGCUCGCGGUGUACGCGCGUCGGCAGAUACACAACCCGCGGGACCUCGACGCGUACCCGAGGUACGAUAAAUACGCGCACGUGGACGCGGUGGGUACGAUAAGACCCCACGCGGCGGCGAUCGAGCGCGUGAGCGGAGGGGCGCCGGUGCCGAGCGAGAUGAUCGAGCGCGCGACUCGAAGGGAUUCGCGACCCGCGGACCGGCCGCGUUGGACGCACUUCAGGCACACCGCUAUCGACGUCGGAACCUUACUCCCCGGCCAGACUCGCAGGUUUCGGAUCGUGGUCAAGAACAGGAACCUGCAAGGGAGCGUGUCGGUCCACGUCGAGUGCCACGGGUGUCCCGCGACGGAGGUUCGGUUCACCGAGGGCGGUUUGGCGCCGGGGAUGAGCAAGUGCGUGGAUGUGGUGGCCGGGUCGGACACGGCUGGCGAGUGGCUCGGGUGCGUGGUGAUCACCGCCAAGCCGCUGGCGACGAGGGUGUACCUGAUGCGGGCGGGCGAGAGGGCGACGGCGAUGAGACGGCGGACGAAGAAUCGGGACGAGGAGUUCGACGAAGGCGAACGAUCGGACCGACUCGACGAAUUCCUCGACGGAGAUGAGGAGGAGGAGGAGGAGGAGGAGGAGGAGGAGGAGGAGGAGGAGGAGGAGGAGGAGGAUGACUUCGACGCCAUGUCAAGCGAGAGGCUGGGCACGCACGUCGUCCGCGUGCCCGUCUACCUGAACGUGGUGGGUCACCACCGCGAGCUCGUCACGCGGGCUGGCGCCACGGUCGGAUUCAGGCAGCACGUCGAGGCUGCGUCUUCCGUCGCGACGAUCUACCCGGAGAUACACCGCAGCUUCAGGGCGGAUCCCGGCGGCGAUGCCACCGCGGCGGAGCGCCUCGCGAUGCCGGCGCCCGUCAUGAGGUGCGUGGCGCCCCGCGGGACGUACCGCAAACUCGCGGAGCUGCCGCCCGACGCGAGGGACGACGCCACCGCGUUGUACCCCGACUUUCUCAAGCCCGUCAUGGCCGGGGUGCUGACGGCGAGGACGAACAAGGCUGGGAACGUGGUCGUGCCGGAGAGGGGUCCGAUGGCGUUCGGCGGGAGCGUGGUGGACGCGGUCGCCGACGCCGAGGCGGCGAGUCGGUUCGCGACGGCGGCGAGCAGGGUUCGCGGGGAGGUCGGGGGCGAUCCUGUUGGGAGAAACGCGUUGGACGCGAGCGGGUACAGGCUCUCGUCCAGGGGUCUGUGUUACUAG